AUUGUUUGUACACUUGUUUCUUUGUUCCUUCCAUUCCAUCACUUCUUACCCUUUUUUUCCUUUACCUUCUUAAAGCAAACAGAAAAAGAAAAACACAACCAUUCAACAACAAGAAACAACACAAAGAUAUAGUAGAGAUUAAGAUAGGGAAGAGGACAGUGGAGAAUGAGAAUGAGAUAGAACUGAUGUUGAAGAAACACAAAAUCCAUUUUCUUAUUCUCUGUCAGAGUUGACCAAAACCACUUCCCAAACACUAGUACAUAAAAAAACACAAAUAAACAAACAAGAAAGCAUUAUGAAACUGUGUCUGUCCCUCUCUUAACCUUUGUUUGCGGCGAAGACAAGAUUUCUCAUUUUGUCUCAACUCCACUUUCUCUCACCAGGUUUCUUUUUCAUUUCAUUUUCUCUUCUCUUUCUCUCUCCUUCUUCUCAUCAGAUCUUACAUGUGAAUUAAGGCAGUGAAAGCUUGGGAGAGCUUUGUUUCUUUUUCUUUUCCAGAUGGAAGAUUUUGUGGAUGAAAUAGGUAUUUCGGUUUGAGAUCUUUCGUGCAAAGUCCAGUUUUUGAACUAUAAUUAGUUACAAAACUGGAGUAAGAAUGUCUACUGAGUCAGUUCCAAAACCUCGAUUCGUGUUAUGUCCUAAAUGCUGGCAGCUGCUUCAAGAGGCUCCGGAUUUGGAUGUGUACAAGUGCGGUGGAUGUGGCACGACUCUUCAAGCUAAGAAAAGAAAAAGUAAAGCUGCGAACUCAGAAUCCAGCUCGAAUGAGAUUGAUGCAGCUCCUAGAAAUGUAUCGGAUCUUAGUCCCCAAGAGAAUGUUUUGACGGAAAAAGCAACCAGUUGUUUCUCUGCAGAUUUUUCUUCUGAGGGAAAUGUAGGAAGGGAUCAAAUCGAAAAUAGUGAGCAGCCGGUUAUUACUCGAGAGAAUGGUUUAAGGGAAACAACUUUUUCUUCUUCGGGAGAAUGUUCUUUGGAGGGAAAUACAGAAAGGGAUCAAAUUGAAAAUGGCAAUUACAAUGAAGAGCAACCAGUUAUCUCUCGGGAGAAUGGUUUGAGGGAAAAAGAAACUAGUCCUUCCUCGGGAGAAUGUUCAUUGGAUGGAAAUAGUGAAAGGGGACAAAUUGAAAACGGUGAAUACGAUGAAGAGCGGAUUGGACCAUUGAACUUACCAGAUGAAGAACUAGAAAAUGUGAUGGAUAUCAAUAAGUUAUCAGAUAUCAGAAGGCAUACGUCGUCCAACAAUGGUUUUCCAAAUGAGCUCCCACGCUGUGAUACUGAAGCCUCAGCCGAAUCGUUGGCAGACAAUUCAGUAGAAAAAGAGAAUGAGACUAACUUGAAACUAGAAGAGCAGAGUAAUGAAAACAUGCCAUUAGAAAGAGCAGGAAAUCGGUUAGUUAGUGCAUUGGAAAGAGAAGAUGCCAGCGAUGAAAUAUCAGAUCUAGUAGCGGUGAAGCCUGAAGCAGACAUUAAUGAAAGUGAUUUAGAAGUGACGGGAGAGUUAAAUCAUGGAAACUUGUCACAAGGAGAAGACCAGAAGUUAAUUUUUGUAUCAGAUGGACAAUGUGUCGAAAAUGAGAAAUUAUCUCUAGUUGGUGUAAGCCUAGCAACAGAUGUUGAUGGGAUCGAUAGUGGAAAUGCAUCUACUUCUAAAAGGUCGAGUUUUGAGAACAUUGCACCUGAAAAAAGAAGCAUUUUACGUGUUUCUCCUCGUGAACUUAAACUAGGUACAUCUGAUAAUCGUGCAUCUUCACCUGAAAAUAUUCGCCGUAGCUUUGACCGUGUAAUGUCUGCAGAUACAUUUGAUGAUACAGAAGUCAAUAACAUCGGUUUGAAGAUUAGUGAUUCACUGGGAGAUUUGACUAAAUCUCCAACCACUAGAAGUUCUCAUGCUUAUGAUGGCAGUGUCUCUUCUAAUGAUGGGACGGACGAGCGGUCGCUCGGUCAUAAUUUAUAUUCUUUUGAGGGAGGCUCCAGAAAGGGAAAAAGCGUUGUUAAUAAUCAAAUGCAAUAUCAAAAUGAGGUGCUGGAGACGACAAGACAUGAUCAUGCACCUCGGACGAGAACAAAAAAAGACGAGUUUCCAUUCAAAAUGCCUCUCCGUGGAAAUGUUUCCCAAUCUGGUUACGAAAGUGGUAGUCCGUCGAAUCAAAUAUACGACGAACUUUACCUUAGUUCAAGCUAUGUUUCACCUGACUCUGUUGAGGACCCUGAUCAGGAGAAGAUGAAACUGUUGAGAAUGGUUUAUAAACUGCAGGAUCAGCUCAACAGAACCAGGGAAACGUAUGAAAGACCGUCCGUGGUAAAUCGUAUUUCUUCAUACCAAAGCCAUGAUUCUCAUGACGGAAGAUUUUAUCAUGGUUUGGAUUACCCUAGUGAGGAUGCAAAUGCAAGCUACAGUCAUGGCAUCAACAUGCACCAAAGGCGGCAUAACUUUUCAGGGAUAGCACCAGGCAACACACUCAAUGUUGAUCAUCCUAGUUUCAAUUGCUAUCCACAAGAACAGCAACGCUUGGGAAAUUUUCCUCCGCAUUUUCCUUACCAGCGUGAAGAUCUUUAUAGGCCCCAUUCGGCUCAUAGCCGUGUCUUAUCUCAGCAUUCUUAUCCUUCAAGUCCACAAUGGUUAAUGACCAAACACGUACACGGCCGUGAAACAAAAUCUUGUGAUCAGAGAUACAGGGCCCCCGAGAUGAGCUAUAGUAGGGAAAAACCUAACGCUAGUAAGCGACAUUACCGGCCAGUAGCAGGUGGAGCGCCGUUUGUCACUUGUCUUAAAUGCUUAAAGCUUCUGCAACUUCCUGCAGAUUUUCUUCUUUUCAAAAGAGUAUGUCAUAAGCUCAAAUGUGGUGCAUGUCAAGAGGUGCUUAAAUUUUCUCUACAUAAUAGAAUUCAUAUCGUUUCUUAUGCUCCAAACACUGUUGGACUGCCAUCAAGUGAACUUGAGGUACACAACAUGCUGAUAAACGGCAUCAAUUCUCAUGCUGCAGACCCUGUGUCAUAUUCCGAUGAUUAUGGUCAUUCUGCUAGUAAAAGCUACUCCUCGGAAGGAGAUCCUGUUUCUGUUGCACCGUUUCAUCACUUGCGUGGUGGUGCACGGGGCAAUCCAAGAGUCUCUCCCACUACCACUGAAGCUAUAACAGCGAAAGAGAAAAUCGCUUCAAGAGGACCUAGCACAAGUAAGACUCCGUCCGAAAAAUCAUCAGAAAUAGAGGAACACGAGUCACAGCCAAAAACUUCAGCACUUCAUCAACUCAUGGGCUAUUCCUCUCCAAGUCUAGUGAUAAGAGGUGAUUCAUCCUCUGUUGAAGGGAAAAAGGCCAUGCUCAGUGGAGAAUAUUAACUUCCAACAGAGCUGAAAAUUGAAUUUGUUGAAUCUAAACUUGAAGCUGGAAAUGUCAAGAAAGGAAUUCUUUAUUCAAAUUUGAGAUAUAGCGAUGAAGCAUCUGAGACAAUGAUGUAUUUUAUUUUUCAUAACUAUAUGGUGUUUUGAACAAGGGCAAUUGGAGUGAGUUAUCUCGCUCAUGACAGUGUAUUUUUCUAUUCAACUUUGGUACUAUUUUGGAAACAUGGAAAAUAUAAUAUUUGUAUAAAUGUGAUUCUGGUGUAUAUGGAUGUAA